AUGGUUGACUUACAAGACCCAAGAGCAUUACGUGAGCUUCAGGUGAAUGCAAUACCCUUCAGUGAUCCUUGGAAAGAUGAUCCCAUUCAUUUAUCAAAGAGAUUAAAAGAAGAAUCUGAUGAAAAUUGUAUUGGCGAUCAUCCGCAAGAACGAAAGAAUUCUUUAGAUCCUGAUAUCUGGGUAGCAUGGAUUGAAAAUCAGAUGGAAGUCGUUUAUACAAACACAGAUGACUUUAUAACUUCUCUUGCUGAUGGAAAGGUGCUUUACGAUUUAUCAAUGAAGUUCUAUCCUAAAUUGGCAGGCAAUUGGAGGCCCCGAUGUCGAACUGCUAAUGGGAAAAAGCUAUACAUGGGUGUUUUCUUUGAAUUUUUAGACUUUGUUGGAAUGUUUAGUGCUUUUCGCUUUGAACCAAAGCAUCUACUUGAAUACUCAAAUAUUCCCCGUGUUAUAUAUUCCUUACAUGCACUUUCGUACCUCCUAAACUUUUUGCAAGCGACUCAGCAUGUUCCUCAUUUAUUUGGUAAAAUUCACCUGAAACGCGGUGAGGUUGAACUUACUAAUCGACAAAUCUUGCCUUUGAGGAAUUCAAAAAAGUUUCCUAAUUUUACAAAACUGAAAAAACAUUUUUAUGGCCGGCUUCACCGUAACAGACAAAGCAGUACGCAAAUUAACAAACGUAUUUUGGCAACAAAAAGACCACCUUCUUGGAUUAAUCCUUUACAAGCAAUUUGUAGAGGGUACCUUCUUAGAACGACUAUUAAUACACGCGAUAUCAUGAAAGAAAAAUCUCAAGAGAAUACGCUCAAGCUUCCUUUAUUGGAAAAAUUAUUGAUUACACCAAAUGCAGAUGAGAGGUUAACAAUGAUUAAAGAAAUUCAGCAGCUUUAUCGAAUAAUGGUUUGUUUACACUCCCAAAUGUUUCACCUUCCUUCCCCGGAGCUUUCUUUGGAUUUGAGUUGGCUGGCUUUGUUAGGCUCGUCCGUUGAAACUUAUAACCAGCUCAUUCCGCCAAUUUUGAAUAAUGUCGUUUUCUAUCUUCAAGAAAAUCCUUCCUUAUGGAUCUCGGUCUUGAAAAGACUCUUGUUCCUAGGUGUUGAUAGAGUGGACAUAUCCAAUUACGGAUUACUCGUGUUGAAGUUUUUCGGAUUUUCCGUCACGACUAAAGAUCGAAAGCUUUUAAACGAAUUUAUACUUCAAGGUCUCAUAACAUCGUUAGACGAAAAAAUAACAUCUGAAAGCAAUGACCGCAAUUGCGGAAUAUCUCCUACAUUUUUGUGGAUUUCCAAAAUAUUCUCAAGCAGUUUGUUUUUGGAUUUUGAUUCUUUCUUUGACAAGCGAGCUUCUUUUAUAUUGGAUAGUUUUUAUGAAUCGCAAAGCAGUGUCAAAUCACUUGAAGUUGCCGCAAUGCAUAGUGUCAGUGAAAUUAUUUACAGCUUUUAUUUGCAUAACAAAGAAUUGCCGAAAGAGUUCUUUUAUAUUUUCAAUUCACUAUAUUAUUCUGAAGCUGCCCGAAAAAAUCCUCGUUCUUUAAAAACAUCUAUGUUAUGGUUUUUUAUUGAUCAAGUCUUAAGCUGCAUCUACCGAUUUCAUUCUCAGAAAUACUACAGAAAGCAUUCAGAAAAGUUUGCAUUCAUAAAACAUUAUAUACGAUCGCUUUUUGAAGGGGUGUCCAACUUAGCGACCGGUGAAAUCCAGUGGCACACGCGGAGCUACCGAAUUGUUGAAGCGCUAAUUAGAAAAUUAAUACAUGGUCCAAUUAAAAGUCCACCCAUUGAACUUGCGGGAAGAUCUCUGAGCUGCACACACAAAGAUAUAUUCAGUCUUCACUCGGUACUGAAAAUGUGCAAUGAUCAUGGUGAUUUUAAUAACCACCCUUCCUUUAAGCGUCUUAUUACCAAACUUGGUUCCCCCAAAUUAUGCAAAAAAUAUGAAGGCCAGGUUUUGUUCUUAGAUACCAGACGGGAAUAUAUGCAUUCCAGUAUACCCUGCUCCCAGGCAGCCAAAUAUCAACUAGCACUCAGUUUAUGUUUACCUUUAGUAGAAGGUCAUUUGCGCUGUUCUCUCAAAGAAACAUUAUGGGGCAUUCCAACUUCAUUGGAAAACCAAAAGUUUAAGGGUCUUUUGCAGCUUGAUCAAAGGAUUAGAGACCUUCAUCCUUCUUCUUUGACAGGUAUUACUGAUUCCUUUUCUACCUCUCCACAACCUAUACAACAGUGGCAGUCGCGUCUUAGAAAAUUAUUGAGGAACUUAACCGAGACUAACGACGACUUGGAAAGUACUCGUUUUCUUAUACUAUAUGGACGUACCGACCAAGCUUGUGUAAAGGACAUUAAAGAAGCUUACAAAAAAGUGGCUCCCUUAGCUAAAACUUUAAAACAAACUGGGACUGAAAAUAAUGAAUUUUUAAAAUUUCUUUCAAACAUUGGAAGCGGCUUUAAAAAAUCAAAAGACUACAAUUAUAAACAUCCCUUGCUUGACAAAUCAAUGGGUGAAUUACUGCAAAUGGAGAUUGUCUACAAGUGCCCUUCAGAGCUUUUAGAUCACACUUUAAAAAUUUUCGUUAACAAAAAUCGGACGGCACUUCAUUUCUUCCUUUUAAAUAGGAAAAAAUUGAUCGACGAAUCCGUAAUUUUGGUGAAUGAUUUGGUACAAGCUGCAAACAUAGGGAUUUACUUUAUUGAAGUAUUUAAUCUCCCUUUCCAUACUAAACAGUUACAAAUCUGGCUAACCCCGGUUUCUACAUAUCCUAGUGAGGAAAACUACGCUGAAAUAAAAAAACAGAAAAGAAAGAAGGUCGCCGGCUUUGAACAUACCAAGAAACAGAAGUCUACGAAAUGA